AUGGCGAUGGACUCGGAGGGAACCAGUGACCCAUACGUCAAACUCAGGCUGGGUGCCGAGAAGUACAAGAGCAAGGUACAGGACCGCACGCUGACGCCUCGCUGGCUGGAGCAGUUCGACAUGCACCUGUACGACAGCGGCUCGCAGAUCCUCGAGAUUGAGGUGUUCGACCACGACGCGCGCAGCAAGGAUGAUUUCAUGGGAAAGACGACGGUGGACAUCUCGAAGCUGGAGCGCGAGAAGACCCACCGUCUGUGGUGUGAGCUGGAGGACGGCGCCGGCUCUGUGUUCAUCCUGCUGACCGUGUCCGGCAUGACCAACGUGGAGACCAUCUCGGACCUGCUCACCUACCAGGAGGACCCCGAGCAAGUGGACACCAUCCGAAAACAGUUUAACCUGCGGAACACGCUGAAGCAGGUGAAGGAGGUUGGCCACCUCACGGUGAAGGUGUUCAAGGCCAUGGGUCUGGCGUCGGCCGACAUUGGCGGCAAGUCGGACCCUUUCUGCGUGUUGGAGCUGGUCAACUCGCGUCUACAGACGCAGACAGAGUACAAGACCCUGUCGCCGCAGUGGAAUAAGAUAUUCUUCUUCAACGUGAAGGACAUCCACAGCGUGCUGGAAGUAACUGUGUAUGACGAGGACAAGGACCACAAGGUCGAGUUCCUCGGGAAAGUGUCCAUCCCUCUGCUAAAGAUCCGACCAGGAGAGAGACGAUGGUACGCGCUCAAAGACAAAAAGCUGCUGGGCAGAGCUAAGGGCAACAACCCUCAAGUGAUGCUGGAAAUGGACUUAGUCUGGAACCCGGCACGGGCAGCGAUUCGCACGUUCAACCCGCGCGAAGAGAAGUACACCAGGCCAGAACUCAAGUUCAAGAGGGCAGUCUUCAUCAGAAAUGUCAACCGGCUCAAGGAGAUGGGCGCCGGCUUUGCCGAAGGAGCAAAGUUCAUCAAGAGUAUUUUCGACUGGGAGUCGAAACCACGGACGAUAGCGGCCUUCUUCGCCUUCAUGCUGGGCGCCUACUCGUUCGAGCUGUACAUGGCGCCGGUCGCACUCCUGGUCGUCUUCUUCAAGGGCUGGGUGGUGAACCUCGUCACCGCCGGCUUCCGUAGCGCCGACGACGACGACUACGUGGCCGACGACGACGACGAAGAUGACGACAAGGAUAAGGCCAAAGACAAGAAGAGUUCGGGAGAUGACGAGAAGAAGUCGUUGAAGGAGAAGCUGAUGGCGGUGCAGGAGGUGACGGCCAUGGUACAGAACAUCCUCGGCUACAUCGCCUCGCUCGGCGAGUGUGUCCAAAAGUGGGUGCCGCUCAGAACCGACCGCACUGCCCCCUGUGGCGCUCAGUGUGGUGCUCAUCGGUGGCUGUGGCUGGCCUGA